AUGUGGAAGCCAGAAACUGAUUUUGCAACAAUGAGGUGCCUCACCCACCCACUGCUCAAGAGGUUGUUGGGUCUCUCACCUCAGUGUGUGCCAGGGGGACUGAGUCCAAGUAAAGUUCCUGUUGUCAGGCCAAAGCGGUCAUCUCUGAGGCAGAGCUGCAGUGCAAGACCUGAGCUCGUGACUGCCGCUGAUGUGGUCAGCUACUGGCAGAAGGUGUUUGAGACAAAUGGGAUCCCUGAAGCACGAGAAUCCAGUGAAUAUAUUGUGUCAUUUGUCCUGGGAGCAAAAACAUUUCAGAGCUUGAAUUCCAAAAGUCUCCGCACUCCACUUACAGCAGCUCAGCAGGAGCAAAUCCAGCAGCUGAGCCACAAGCGACUGGAAAGAAUGCCGGUGCAGUAUGUGCUUGGUGAGUGGGACUUCCAGGACCUGACUCUGAAGAUGAGACCCCCAGUGUUUAUUCCUCGGCCUGAAACAGAGGAUCUCGUCUCUUUAGUUGUGGAGGAAGAAUCUCGGAAAUGUGAGAAGAAUUCAGGCCUCUGCUUCCCAGUUUCUGUUCCUCAUCCUGUGAUCCUGGAGAUUGGCUGCGGCUCUGGAGCAGUUGCUCUGAGUCUGUUGAGCAAACUGCCAAAGAGCCGGGUGAUCGCCAUGGAUAAAGAGGAGGCUGCUGUGGAUCUCACCAGGGAGAAUGCACAUAGGCUGCGACUCCAGGAGAGGAUCCACAUUCUCCACCGUGAUGUUUCAUACAAUUCUGCCGAGCAGCUGCUACUCUGGGGCCCCAUAGACUUCAUAGUCAGUAACCCCCCGUAUGUCUUCCAUGAAGACAUGGCUUCCUUGGACGCAGAAAUCCUCCGCUAUGAGGACCUCGAUGCACUGGAUGGGGGAGAUGAUGGGAUGAGGGUCAUCAAAACAAUUCUGGCUCUGGCUCCUUCUCUUCUGAAGGAUUCUGGGAGUGUGUUUCUGGAAGUUGAUCCCAGACACCCAGAUAUGGUGGAGAACUGGCUACAGGCACACCGCAACUUACCUCUCGUCCUCCGUGCCGUUCACAAGGACUUCUGUGGCAAGCCUAGGUUUCUGCACGUCCAAAAACAAAGCAGAUGA